CUCAUUAUCAUGGCGUUCACAAUCAAACACGGAACCUGACAUUUUUCCACAAACUUUACUGCAAUGUCAUUCAAAAUUCAACAAAGGUGGCUUUAUGGCUAUUAUAAACACUCUUACUCCAUUUUUUUUUUGUUUGUUUGCUAACUUUCGCAAACUCAGAAUCUAGUUACUUGCUUCAGUUUAGUGCUUGCUCUUAUUCCAAGUUCUUAAUUCCCAACCACUAUAUUUAAAUCAUGUCAACCCCCAAUAAUCUAAUUGAUUUUUUGGUUAACCAAGCCAAUGGUGUAAAAGGUCUUGCUGAUCUAAAUCUCCCUAAUAUUCCUCACCAAUAUAUCCAACCUAUCCAAGCUAGAUUGGACUCAUGCAAAAUUAUCCCCCAUGACUCAGAAGAACAAUCAAUACCCAUCAUUGAUUUCACAAACUGGGAUGACCCAGAUGUUCAAGAUUCAAUUUUUAGUGCUGCAACUAAAUUGGGUUUCUUCCAAAUUGUGAAUCAUGGUAUACCCAUUAACGUCCUUGAUGAUUUGAAAGCUUCUGUCCACAAGUUCUUUGAAUUACCAGUUGAAGAGAAGAAAUCUGUGAAAGAGAAUUCACCGCCUGAAGUUGUGAGGUUGGCCACUAGUUUUAGCCCUCAUGCUGAGUCAGUGUUGGAGUGGAAGGAUUACUUGCAGCUUGUGUAUACUUCAGAAGAGAAAAUUCAUGCAUAUUGGCCUGUUGUAUGCAAGAAUCAAGCACUAGAAUAUAUGAAAUAUGCUGACGCUUUUAUUAGAAAGUUGCUAAAAGUGCUUCUUAAGAAACUGAAUGUGAAGGAGUUAGACAAAGAAAGAGAAUACGCGUUAAUGGGUGCAAUGAUAUUAGGCUUCAAUUACUACCCUGCUUGUCCUGAACCUGAACUUGUAUCAGGAGUAGGUCCUCAUUCUGAUAUAUCAUCAAUCACUGUCCUUCUACAAGAUGAUAUUGGCGGACUUUAUGUAAGAGGCAAAGACGGCGAUAGUUGGAUAAAUGUUCCUCCUGUUAAUGGAGCGUUGGUGAUCAACAUUGGGGAUGUGCUACAGAUAAUGAGCAAUGGAAGGUACAAAAGUAUAGAGCAUAGAGUGGUUGUUGAUGGAAACAAAACUAGGAUCUCCAUGCCAAUCUUUGUCAACCCAGCACCUGAUGCUGUCAUUGGUACUUUGCCAGAAGUGUUGGAGAAUGGAGAGGAACCACAUUAUAAACAAGUAGUGUUCUCCGACUAUUUCAACUAUUUCUUCAGCAAAGCUCAUGAUGGGAAGAAAACUAUUGAAUUUGCAAAAAUAUGAUUGGUCGGACGAAAUUUUAUUUGGAUCUACACAAUUUAAUGGAGCAUAUUUAAAUUUCAAUAAAUAUGAAAAUCAUGCGGGGGCUGAAGAAAUGUGCUAACUUUGAUAAUGUGCUUAAAUACAUGUACUUUUCUUUUUGGUUAUUGUGUGCAACUACUUGUAUUUGAUUAUAUAUAGAGAUAAUCAGUUAUAAAAAUCAGCUUUGGCUUAUUUGCAA